UCAAUUUUUGCACGAUUUUUUCGAUAUUCUGAGAAAACGGCUUCUAAUCGAUCCAAACGAGUAAUAAUUUUGCUUUUAUCUUUCUCGUCAUCAUAUGUCUCCACAAAUAAUUCAAGGUUAGAUAGGGAAUCAACGAGACCACGUUCGAUUUUAGUUAGCUCACGCAACGACGCCAUGAUGCCGAUUCCACAACGAACAAUUAUUUCACAGUAAAUUUAAAGCAUAAACAAUUGUCUUUAUAUGGACAAAGACGAGCAUCGAUUUAUUGUCGUACAAUUUAUAUAGAAUGUACUCACUCUAUUCGCUUAUUGUUCGCCGACCAAAGCCACGCCGAUAUGCCCAUGAACUGGAGGAUGAUAUGAACAGCUUGUGUUCCCGUUGAUAGCUCCACGUUCCCGGUCCGAAAUUUUCACAGCAGCCACGGCGUGAUGAUGGUAACUCUAAUCCACACAGUAGCGGUGUUGAACGCGGUGUUUCGUCUCCGUAGUGAUCGAUUUGCGAAGCGACUAUUCACUUUCUGUACCAACUGUUGGUUUCACAAUCCGGUUCGAAGGACCAUUAAUGUUCGCGAGAAUUGCUGGUUCUCCGGACUGUGACGGUAGUGUUAAAGAUUGGUUGAGUUUUCGAGAUUCUUUUCAAAGCAUGAUUGAUAAGGAUCCUUCUCUCACGGCGGUCGAUAAGUUCCAUUAUCUUCUAACGGUGCUAUCUAAAGAUGCUAAGACGCUUGUAGAGUCAAUUGAAGUAACGACUACAAAUUAUGAAGUGGCUUGGACAAUGUUAAAAGAUCGAUUUGAAAAUCGGAAGAUUAUUACUCGUACGCUCAUGGACGGAUUUCUAGACACAGAUCCAAUGAAAAAAGAAUCUUAUGACGGGUUAGUGAUGCUCAUCGACUUGUACGAACGUAAUUUACUUCAGUUGAAAAAGUUAGGGCUCGUCACUGAUGGUUGGUCACAUCUUCUGGCACAUUUACUAUAUAAACGUUUGGAUGCCGAGACUCAGCGACAUUGGGAACGAUCUCACAAAUCUCGCGAAGCACCCAAAUACCAGGAACUGUUAAAAUUUCUUCGCGAGCAUCUUACAACUCUCCAACCACUGACUCUCACCAAAAUUCGAGGACCGGAUCAACGUCAUGAGUCUUCGAGGCCUGUUAUGAAACAAAAAAUCGAAUCCACGCUAACGACCGUCACAUCAACGAAAAAAUCUUGCCCUUUCUGCCAAAAACCGUCUCAUUCUCCCUUCAAAUGCGAAUCAUUUCAUAAAAUGAAUCCUAUCCAAAGGCUUGAAACUGUGAAAAAGGUUGGACUUUGUCUUAACUGCCUUUCCCCCUCCCAUCUGGUCCGGGCUUGUUCUAGCUCAGCAUGUCGAGUAUGUAGUCAAAGACAUCAUACGAUGCUACACUUGCGUUCAUCUAUCCACACACCAAGCCAAGGACAAGAAGGCAAUCAAGCAACAUCUUCGGCAGAUACUUCCACGCAAAUUCAAACCAACUGCGCAAAAAUUAUAGACGCUUCCUCGCAAAUACCCUCGUCUUCACCAAAUGCAUUAAAACCUUCGCCACCCAUUGCCUCUACCAGCCGAUCUCCGGUAGCCCUUCCUACUAGUUCGUUUGCCACCACCAACGUUGUACUACUAACGACAGCAGUAGUCAUUAUUGCGGAUUUACACGGAAACACACAACUUGCUCGUGUCCUUCUAGAUUGCUGUUCUGAACGAAAUUUACUAAGCGAGCGUCUAGCGUCCUCUUUCUUUCCAAGGGGUCGGACCUGUUCUUGCUAA